AUGAGCGUCCCGGACCUCCGCGCGGAGCUCCUUGACGCGUCCGUGCCCAUCCCGAGGCGGUUCCGCGCGCUCUUCGCGCUGCGAAGCAUCGGAGGCGACGCGUCCGUGGACGCGCUGCUGGACGGCCUGAAGGACCCGAGCGCGCUGUUCCGGCACGAGGUCGCGUUCGCGCUGGGUCAGAUGCAAGCCACUCGCGCGGUGCCGAAGCUGAAGGAGGUUCUUGAGGACGCGAGCGACCACAGCAUGGUGAGGCACGAGGCCGCGGAGGCGCUCGGGGCGAUCGCGUCGGACGAGUGCGCGGAAGCGCUCAGGACCGCGAGCGAGGACGAGUGCCAGGUCGUGCGCGAGACCGCGUUGGGAUCCGCGAAGGAAAAACUCUCCGCCGGCGCCGCCGGCGCGGAGGGCGGCGACGCGGCGAACGGGGACUCGCCGUACAUGUCUGUGGACCCCGUCCCCGCGGCGUCGUUGUCGAUAUCGAUGGAGACCCUGACGCGCGUGCUGUUGGACGAGAGCGCGGACAUGUGGGAUCGCUACGGCGCGAUGUUCGCGCUGAGGAACCGAGGCCCCGCGCCGGACGUCGCCGCCACGCUCGGCGCCGUCCUCGCGUCAUCGAGCAGCGCGCUCCUGAAGCACGAGGUGUGCUACGUGUUGGGUCAGAUCCAGGAGAAAGGCGCCGCGGCGAGGGACGCGCUCAGGCAGACGCUCAUGGACGCGAGCGAGCACCCGAUGGUGCGGCACGAGGCUGCGGAGGCGAUCGGAUCGAUCGCCGCCGCGGACACGGAGAGCCUGCUCGCGACGUACCGCGCCGACGCCGACCGCAUCGUCGCGGAGUCGUGCGAGGUCGCGCUCGACAUCAUGGCGUCCGAGAUGAGCGGGGAGUUUGUUCCGUUGCAGAAGGCUGUGGAAGCGUAGUAGACGUGAUGGUAGUAGUAAACGCGCGACGAUCUAAA